CCCACCCCCCUCCAACAGCUCCUUCUCCUCUUCCACCCAUGGCCGAGAACACCUACCGCAACCCCCAAAACCAACCUCACCACUUCACCCACGGCAGCGAUCACGGCAUGAAGAGCUACAAAGACGACGACAACUUCACCACUACGCCUCACAACAACAACAACGGCCCCACCACCCAACAAAUCCUCGCUUUCGUCACCCUCCUACCCCUCGGCGCCCUCCUCCUCGGCCUCUCCGGCCUCACCUUCGUCGGCACUCUCAUCGCCCUCGCCAUCGCCACCCCGCUCUUCCUCCUCUUCAGCCCCGUCAUCGUCCCCGCCGCGCUCACCAUCGCGCUCGCCGUCGCCGGGUUCCUGGCCUCCGGCGCCUUCGGGAUCACCGCGCUCUCGUCGCUCUACUGGCUGGCGAAUUACGUGCGGCGGAACAGAGGGAAAGCUCGGGAGCAGAUUGAGCAUGCGAAGUGGCGGCUUCAUGAGUACCCGGCGGGGCAGAAGAUUAGGGAUUUGGGUCAGAAGAUCCAAGAGAGCGUCCGCUAGAUCUUCAGAGCUUCUUCAGUUCCCUCAGAAAUUUCAGCUUUGAUUAGCUUAAUUAGCCCUCCCUGCCUUUUCAAUUCCCAUGUAUGUGUAUUAUCUGGUUUUUCAGUGUUUGUGAGUUGUGAUAUGUAUACUUAAAUGUUUGUUUGUUCGCUAAUAAAAUGGUCUGUUUAAAUUGUGUA